AUUUCGGCUGAGCCCGGCUGUUUUUGACUCGCUCUUCAUGUGCGGCAAUACUCACCCGGCGUUAGUACUUACAGACUUAAAAUGGCUAUUUUUAAUACAACAAAGUAUUUGUAGUUCAAUGAGAAUAAACUGUAUCGCUUUCCAUCGCCCGACAACGGCCCGCCCCGCUUGAGUCGACCGGAGUCACGUGUGGAGCAGGUGCAGGCUUUGAACAAAUCAAGCGCAGCCGCAGCCGUGUUUUGUUGUUUUUCCAGCGGUGUAUCGUGUUUGGCCUGUCAAACCGUGUGACUUUCCGCUGGAACGACGCGACUGGAAUAACAGGGAUGCACAUGACUAAAAAGACCAGGAACACAAUGAAACCGCCAUCACAGACAACUCCUUUAAGCAGCAUAGUGUUUGAAGGCGUCUACAACAAUGCCCGAAUGCUUCACUUCCUCACAGCCGUGGUGGGCUCCACCUGUGAUGUGAGAGUGAAAAACGGAGCCGCGUACGAAGGAAUCUUCAAGACUUUAAGCUCUCAGUGUGAGCUGGCUGUGGAUGCUGUCCACAAACAGAGCGAUGGAGACGGAGGAGGAGGAGGAGAGGAAGGUGGAGGAAGCCAAUCCUCUCAGCCCAAGAUUGAAGAUAUAACGGAUACCAUGAUCUUCAGCCCCGCCGACCUGGUGACCAUGACCUGCCGUGACGUCGACCUGAACUUUGCUGUCAAAGACACGUUCACCGACACGUCCAUCAGCUCGUCGCGGGUGAAUGGGGAUCACCGGGAGAAAGUCCUGCAGAGGUGGGACGGAAACGGAAACGGAGAAAACUUUGAGCUGGAGGCCGACGCGUCAAACGGCUGGGACGCCAACGAGAUGUUCAAGUUCAACGAAGAGACGUACGGCGUCAAGUCCACCUACGACUCCAGCCUCUCCAUGUACACCAUGCCUUUGGAGAAAGGGAACUCUGAGGUUUUCCGGCAGCGGGAGGCUCGAGCCGCUCGGCUGGCCAAUGAGAUCGAGGGCAGCCUUCAGUACCGCCGUCGGGUUUCUCUGGAGAACGACGAGGGCCGGAGCGAGGAGGACAAGUACAGCUCGGUGGUCCGAGAGCGGGAGGACAGGAGCAGCCCUGGGUUCACGACCAGUGGCAGCUUUUCCAGGGAGGGUAAAUACAUUCCUCUCCCACAGCGAGCUCGAGAGAUCGGCCUGUCCGGAAGAACCGGAGCCUCCGGUCGGACUGCGGCGCCGACUACCUCCUCCAGACAUCCGCCGGGCUCCUCCUCCGACCGGAGCAGCCCGCUGUCCGUCAGAACCACCUUCUCUCUUCCCCAAUCACAGGGCAGCCCGCCGGCCGCCGGCAGCCCUCCCUGCACCAAUCACAUCCUCCCACACUCCCUCUCUCAUCCUCAAGCGCUCGCCGACUCGACGCGCUCAGCUGUUAACGGAGUCACAUCCAGAACUUCCCCAAAAACCCAGAGACUCCAGAGCAGCAGAAACCUGAGGACCCCAAACUCCCAGUCCUCUCCUGCAGUCUCUCGUGCGCCGAAACCAGACGCCCCGACCCAGGACUCCCCUCUAGUCGGCCCCAUUUUUUUGGACUCCGCCUCCUCCGCUUCCGUCACUAUGGCAACUGCCAAACCCUCCGGCCCAACCCCACUCUUCCCCGUCGAUGUGAACGAGAUCCUCAGCACAGCCGCUAAAGAGAGAACCGAGAGUCUGUCUGAAGGAAAGAGCUGCAAAGCUCCAACGGUCCAGCAGAGGAACCAGCUGGAGGAGCUCCGCAAGUUCGGCAAAGAGUUCAGGCUGCAGCCGACCUCCUCUCCGUCAGCGAGCCCGGCCUCUGCAGAUCCUCCUCAGCACAGCAUCGCCUCACCCGCCGACUCCCCCUCCUCCUCCUCCUCCUCCCCGGCACCGCCCAAACCCGCCACCUCCUCUGCCCAGGACCUGCAGCCGACCACCACAGAGGCGGCCACGACCCCGACCAUUGCUGCUGGCCCCCCCGAGUGUUCAGGUCCAGAGACGACCACCGGCGGCGAGGACAGCCGUCCAGAGAGCAGCGAGCGACCCGAGGCUGCAGCUGUGCAAGUGAAAAACUCAACGUUGAAUCCAAAUGCAAAAGAAUUUCUUCCCAUAAAAGUGAACACUGUCCAGAAGCCGGCUCCGACACCCACCCCUCCUAGACCGACCCCCCCCCAGCCCUCAUUGGUCCUGGCUCCUCAAGGACAGCCAGGAGGAGGGGCCAUCUACAGCAACCCACCUGGACACUACCUGUCCUACGUCUCCCCCCUCCACAUCCAAGGACACCAGAUCCAGGCUCCUCAGAUGUAUCAGUACACCAUGUCGACUGUCAACCAGGGCAAAUACCCCAGAGCCAAAGGCCCAGUGGUGGGACAGCGUCCGGAGCACCACGCCUCCCAGGCCUCCUCCAUGAUCUCAGCUGCAGCGUCGGCAGCAGGACCCCCGCUGGUGGCCUCGCCGUACCCCCAGUCCUACCUACAGUACGGUCAGGUGAUCCAGGCCCUGCCCCCUCACUACCACGGACAGCCGGUUUACUCGAUGCUUCAGGGGGGAGCAAGGAUGCUGACCUCCGGGGCCCCUCCUCAGCAGAUGGGUCCUCCUGGUCCUCAGUACCCUGGCCAGGCUGAGGGCCCACAGGGGCCACAACAGGCCAUGUAUGCUCAGUCAUUCUCUCACCACUCGGGCGCCAUGCAUCAUCCUCAGCCCUCCAGCACCCCAACUGGGAAUCAACCCCCUCCCCAGCACACUGCUCCCAGUCCAGGACACAAUCAGUCGAGUCAGGCCGGUCCUCAGCCUCAGUCCAUGUUCCACUCUGGAGGUCUUCAGGCCCAGACUCCUCCCAACAUGCAGCCGGGCCACAGCUCCCCCCAGGCCUCCUACACCAUGCAGGGCUACAGCCUCCCGGGUCACCAGCCUCUGCCCCACGGCUUCCCCUCCAUCAGCCAGCUCACACAGGCUCACGUCACAGGAGGCAUGUCAGGACCGCACCACUCUGCAGGUCACGGCCUGCCGCCCGUCAUGCUGCACUACGUCUCCCCUCAGCAGGGCGGAGGCUCCAACCCCCAACAUGGCCCCCAGCAGGGGGCCCCACAACACUUCUACAUCGGACACCCACAAGCUCUUCAGGUUCAGGCUCACCCCUCCCAGCAGCUGUCCUUCCACCCCUCUGCAAACUGAAUCCCACUCACUUUUGGCUUCAGAAGUUGACCCCCCCCCCUUUGAAAAAAAAAAAAAAAACCGAAUAAUGAAUUAUUGAUAAUAAGCCCCAAGUCGUAACAUUCCCACCUCCUGACAUGAAAUUAAUGCAUCCUCAUUUUUACCCACAUCGUCUUUAGGCAGAAAGAAGUUUCUGGAUUUUAAAAUGUAAAUAGAAACUGUUUUCACGCGUGAACAAGAAGCCGGACUGAAGACGAUAGCCGUUGGAAACUUCAAGACUGAAGACAGUGGAAACAGUUUUUCUUCUUCCCUCUUUUGUCCUUUUACAGACGAAACCAGUUCAUUAAUAAUAAAA